AAAAACAAUUGUUGUCUAUGUUCCUAAAGGGUGUCAAUAAUUUCGAUAGUGCUAUAAACUUUGUUGUUAUUUGUUUUAAUUCGGAUUUAGUGCUAUUAAACUUGUGAAGCAGUAAUAAGAAGGACUUAAAUUCUUUGUUUUAAACGGUGAUAUAUUCCUGUAACAACUUGGUCCAGUUGGUAAGAGCCAGCAGUUCCGUAGUUAGAUGCAUGGCAUGCUAAGUAAACGAGUAACAUUCUGCUUGCCCCGCCAUGAGCCGGAAGGUGGCGGGCGGUGCGGCGAGGGUCCGCUAGCGCGCGCCAUGCAGCCCGCGCCUCCGGGCGGCUCGCCCAAGAGGCACCAGUCUUCCGCACCAGCACAUGGUGGCGCAGCAGGCGAUCAAUCCACACUAAAGGUCCACCUUCCCAAUGGUGGGUUCAACGUGGUGCGAGCCUCAGCCGACGAGGAUGUGAGGUCGGUGCUUCGGCUGCUGGCCGCCCGGCUGGCUGCCGGAGACAGGGUAUACGCGUCAUGCUUCGCGUUGAGAGCGAAGAGGUUGACUACUGGCAAGAUCCGUUGGAUACAUCAGGACACGCCAGUGUCGGAGCUCCUGACAAAAUGGCCGGCGAGCGAGUGGCGGCUGGAGUUGCGCGUGCGCUACCUGCCGGCCAACCUGCGCGACCUCUGCGACGCCGACCGAGUCACCUUCCACUAUUAUUACGACCAGGUUCGACACGACUACCUCAACGCCAAUCAUCCAAUGGUAGACCAGGAUUUGGCGAUACAAAUAUGUUGUUUAGAAAUUAAAUACUUCUGUAAGGAUAUGCAAACAUCUCUGGACAAGAAGUCCAACAUUGAGUACUUGGAGAAAGAGUUUGGAUUGCACAAGUUCCUGCCCAAGUCUGUGCUCGACGCCAUCAAACCUAAGGUGCUCAAGAAGGCCAUACAGCAACAAUUUAAAAAGGUGGCCAACCUAAGUGACACGGAGUGUAUGCUGAAGUAUUUGGACACAAUGCAUACACACUACGGCUACGAUCGGGAAACGUUCACUGGCGCGCUCGGUACUGGCUGGUCCAUACCUGUCGAGCUGGCCAUCGGACCUUUUAUUGAUAUAUCGUAUGUAUCCCACAAAGCUGGCGAGCCCCCCACCUAUACAAAGAUCGCGUCGUUCAGCGACAUCGUGGCCGUACAGACACUCAAGUCCAACUGCACGCAACAGUCGCAGACACAGAGUGGUUCCUGCGGUAAGGCUGCAUUGCAGCUACGGGUGAAGGGGGCGACGGAAACGCUGACUAUCACGUGCAGCAGUGUUGAGGCUGCAGAAAGUUUAGCAGAUUUGGUUGACGGAUACUGCCGACUGGUCACAGAGUCACAAACAUCUUUAUGGAACCGAACGACGGAGAUGAGCAGUAGUUCGUCGGAGGGUAAAACGAGUUCGUGGGAGGCGAACACGGCGACACUACUCUCCGAGGACUACGCAGAGAUUGUUGAUGAUGACGCUGACUACUCGACGCCUGCAGUUCGAGAUUACGAGCUAGUGCGGAAUCAAAUAGAACUGACAGGCAUCAUUGGUGAAGGGCAGUUCGGAGACGUCCACAAAGGUACAUGUAAAGUGACGUCAUCGAACCACCCGUCCCUGCGGCGCCAGCUGGCGGCGGGCGCGGCGCGCGGCGACAGCGUACUGCCCGUCGCUGUCAAAACGUGCAAGAUGGACGCCGAUCUAGACACCGCUGAGAAAUUCCUCGAAGAGGCUUAUAUAAUGCAGCAAUUCUCCCACCCUCACAUCAUCGGACUGGUGGGUGUGUGUAGCUCCCCUCCUAUUUGGAUCGUCAUGGAGCUCGCUACGUUGGGAGAGAUGAGGGCCUAUCUACAGCAAAAUGCACACAGGUUGGAGACAUGCACGCUAGUCCUGUACAUCUACCAGCUGUCGACGGCGCUCAGCUACCUCGAGAGCAAGAAGUUCGUCCACAGAGACAUCGCGGCUAGGAAUGUGCUCGUCUCGACGCCCACUUGUGUCAAGUUAGCUGACUUCGGCCUAUCAAAGAUGGUAGAAGAUAAGUCGUACUACAAGGCUUCCCGCGGCAAGUUGCCCAUUAAGUGGAUGGCGCCCGAGUCUAUCAACUUUAGACGGUUCACGUCCGCCUCCGAUGUUUGGAUGUUUGGCGUGUGUAUGUGGGAAAUCCUGAUGCUGGGCGUGAAGCCAUUUAGUGGCGUGAAGAAUAACGACGUGAUCGGCAAGUUGGAGAACGGCGAGCGUCUGGCGCUGCCGCCGCGCUGCCCGCCGCGCCUCUACUCCGUCAUGUCGCGCUGCUGGGCCUACGAACCCAGCCAGAGACCCGCUGCACACCAGCUCAAGGAGACCUUGUUCGAGAUUCUUCAAGAGGAGCGCAGCUCAGCGUGGGAGACGAUGCGGCGGGAGAACAGACGCGUCGCUGCUGGCUCCGUCAGUGAGGAACCGCCUCCGAAACCACAGCGACCUUCCAAUAAUAUUCCAGUGACGGACAACGUGGCAGGCGGCGCGGGCGCGGCCCAGACGUACAUAGUGGCGCAGAACCCGCUCGUCCUGGCGCACCUACUGCGGGAGAACACUGCGCGCGCGCAUCUACCGCACGCCUACACCACGCCCGCCUCGAGUCCAGAAUGCGAUAGCGAGCAAGCGGUUGAAAGGCGAUUGCUAGCCGAACUAGCGAGACAACAACAUCAAAGCGAAGAAGACAGAAGAUGGUUGCAAAUGCAAGAGGAGAACUUGAAAAAGCGCUUGUCCAACGUGCAACUAUCGACCGAGUCUGAACCGGGCACUGAACAGAAGCCAGACGUCACUAACACCAAUGAACAGAGAGCACCUAGUCAACCACAUUCAGCGACGACGUCUGCCGAGACGAGUCCUGCUAAUACUGUAUCCAAAGAACGACCACCGAGCGAAGAUAAGUGUGGUCGCAACCCGUCGGAGCCGGUGUACAGCGCGACGACUGACGUGGUGCGGUGCGUGAUGCGGCUGGCGGGCGCGGCGGCGGGCGGCGCCGGCGCGGCCGCGCUGCUCGCCGCCGUGCGCGCCGUCGGCGCCGACCUGCGCCAUCUCUGCGCCACCGUCGACACCGUCGUCGUGCCCUUCCCGCAACAUGCGCAGAGGGAGGUGGAGAUGGCACACCAGGUGCUGAGCAAGGACAUGGCGGCGCUGGUGGAGGCCAUGCGACUCGCCAUACAGUACCACAACACUACGCUGCAGCAUGAGUACACUAAGAACAUGCUAGCAGCCGCUCAUAUCUUAGCUAUGGACGCUAAGAACUUGUUGGACGUGGUAGACUGUAUCCGCGAGAGACACCCCAACAUCGACUGGCGCGCCGCCUUACAGCCCCCGGCGGAACCAAGCAGUCCUAACGCGCAGCAUCUCAGUAGUCGGUAGUAUGUAGUGGCAACCCCACAGAACCAGACUCUAACCUCCCAGAACCAAGUGUUCGCGCCUCAGAAUCAGGUGUGUAUACCACAGAACCCGGUGUUAAGCAACCAGUCAUCUGUGCAAGAGGAUGAGACGCCCCCUCCGAAGCCCGACUUCAAGGUUAACCAGCCAGUGACGACGAGCCAGCUCAUUGUCACGGAGCAGCCAGCCAAGGAGCACAGCAGCCUGCCCGCCGCCCCGAACAGGGUGUCCACCCUCAUCCACAACUACAACCUCUACGGCAACGUCAGAGAACCUCAACACAUCUACGGCAACACCGAAGCCUCCUCCUUCCAAUACUCGUCAUCAAGCUCCGAUGACGUGAAAGUAGACUCCGCCCCCAUGGAGUCAGUCAAAAGUCGUGUUCAAGCCAUCUCCGGCAAACUUGACUCCCCCCCUAUCUAUUCCGUCAGCAAAAAAAUGAUACCUCUCGAUCAAAACAUUGGUCACACCGAUCAAGGUUGAAUGACCUUUUGAAGUUUCUCGCUUGUAGUGGCAAUUUUUAUUUUUACGUCGUCUGACGUUGACAGCUUUACAUAGGCUAUGACGUAAUAUUAGAACGACUAGUGUACUUAUCCGGAUAUGCUCAUAGAUAUUUCGUUUGCCGCUUGAAUUCUAUAGUGCGACGUUCAUUUGGAAAAGACAAAUAAUGCUCAAUAUUACCUGUAGCGAAUUAAGUGAGCCAAAUAAUUGUCGUUGUAUCCAUCCAUUCGCAUUCGUUUAAAUCGGAGUUCAUAUACAUUAACUGUUUAUUACUGUUACAUUUACGUAAAUGGCGCGACGAAAUGGCAGUGGAAAGGCAGAAUACAUAACGAAAAUCUUCAGUAUUUUGUACUGGCAAUCUAAAUAUAAUACUUAUUUAACCCCUAACGAUGUACGGAAAGUCAAUUGAAACUAAAUAAUUUAUCGUAAAUUAAUAUAAAUGUACUUGCCUAAAAGUUAUGGCCUAAAUUACAAAACACAGUUGCACUUCCACUGCUAAAAUAUUUUUGUAUCUUUGUAGAUGCGUAUGAGGUUAUUUUUUGCUUUUUUGAAAGCUUUUUUUUGUGGAGCGCUAUUUACGUGAAUAUAACAACUAUACAUAGAACUAUAUGUUGGUCAUCUAGUGAUAUAUAUCUAUUUACAUAUCAUCGGGGCACCUAGUUCUUAUUAUUUAAAACUGUUUCAAUGUACCUAUUCUUUACUACUAUCCUAUAUACCAUACUUUACAGGAUUUUGAUAUUUGACAGCCCCUGUCAUAAUCAUUUCAAAAUGGCGGCAUUUGAUUAUUAUGGCGCCAAAUUUAAGGAUUUUUUAUUUGUCAAACUUUUGGCGGGAUUACCUUGAACAUUUAAGAUAACGUUAUAAAUAAUAAAGAACGAGGGCCUAGCAUUGUUGUGCUUCAAAUAAAUACGUGGUGUUGCCUAUUCGUGAAAUUAUUAUUCGACAUAUCUUCAUUCUACAUCAUUCAUCUACCAUAGCGUUGUCACACAGAACUGUUUGUGGAAAUCAUGAUAAUAUUGAUUUGUGAUAUUAUUGCCAAUAAAAUUUGAAUACUUUUUUAUAAUAAGAACGGCUAUGUAACGCAGUACAGUCAGCACAUUCCUCAAACAUGCACCUAAUGAGUAAGUUUUGUAGUUAUUUUUCAUACAAAUUUUAUAUUUUUGGUGUAACGGUGUUGCAGAUUUUAUACUCAACCAUUACUGGUGCGUAUGUAUAAGAAUGAAUUCUUCCAUAGAACAAUAAUUACCCUAUAUCUUUCGAAAUUGAUUAGAAAGUAUUAUGUUUAAUGUAAAAUGUAUUAUUGCGAGUUAGCGUGUAUAUUUUUCGUUAGUUAAGGUGCGUUUACAUGUCACAACAUAUUGUAACAUUUUUGCAUUUAACCGUUUACAUUCUCACUCAGUAUUCAGCCGGAUUUGAAAUGUAUUUUCUUUGUAAAAAUGUACAAAACAAAUUGUCAAUAAUAAUAAUUGUUACUAUAAUUUUUUUAUCCAAAGUUUUUAUUAUAAGCUUAGAUCUCAGUUGGAAUUUGUAGCGUACGUUAAAUCGAUUAGUUUUGUAAUUAAUGAAAUCAGAAUUUAUUUAUUGACGUCUCUUGGUUUAUUUGUAAAGUUGAUUUUCCUAAUGUGUUAGAAGUAAGCAGGAUAUCAUUCCAAAGUAUAAUGGUUAUAGUAAGCAGUACGUAGUCGAUAUAUUAUUGUAGUGAGCUGCCCGAGAUUAUUUUCCAAAUAUCCAAUAAUGGUGGACCGGUUUUUCUUUACGCAUUGAAUAAAGGACAAGUCAAUCAUUCGAGUUUUGUUUUAUUUGCUUCAUAGACACUCCC